AUGUCAAAAUCUUCAUUAUUUGGCUCUGUAAAACAGUCAGAACUCGAUUCAAAUGUUGCUUCCCUAUUUGGUUCAUCUGCUGGACCUCUUCAAAAGCCGAAGAGGUUAGGUAGUCAACCAGUUGAAGUUGAUGAAGAAACUGGCUCCAACAGUGACAGCUCUGUUGAUGAUGGUGAGCCUGUUUUGGAUAAUUUGGAUGACGAGAGCGACGAUGAAAUUUUACAGGUUUUGCGACAAGUCAAAGGACCGAGCUCUAAAAAGAGAAAGCAUGACGAAGAUGAUGACGGUGACCUAGAAUCCGAGUACAUGAGCAAGAUACUUGAAGAGGAUAAAAAGACAGAUGAAAAAAAAAGGCUGGAAACGAAAGGCGAGGACUUAGAAACUGAUGAAGAUGAAAGUGAUCAGGAAUUGGAAAAGAAUCAGAAUCAAAAAGAAGAAACCGAAGUUGAGGACGAAAAGACUAAAACAGACUCAAGGGCAUCUACAACCAAGUUGUCAGUAGAUACUAUUCUUGAUCAGCUACCAACCACUGAAUUGGGUAAGGCAGAAUCAACUCUAUUUGUAGGUAACCUGUCAUCGUCAGUUAUCACCAACAAACCAAAUUAUAAGCAAUUUAAAGCUCUAUUUUCCAAGUAUGGAAAAGUGGAGUCCAUCAGGUUUCGCUCCAUCGCUUUCUCAGAAAUGUUGCCUCGUAAAGCUGCAUUUAUCAAGCAUAAAUUACAUGACACUAGAGACACCGUAAAUUCUUACGUCGUCUAUAAAAAUAAACAGGAUGCUAAACUAGGGUUGGAGUUAAAUGGCAAAGUAUUCCUUGAUCAUCAUUUAAGGGUAGACAGUGUAUCUCAUCCUGCUAAACAAGACAAUAAAAGGUCAGUUUUUAUUGGCAACUUAGAUUUUGAGGCUGCUGAAGAGCCUCUGUGGAACCAUUUUAAAGAUUGCGGCGACAUUGAAUAUGUUCGCCUAAUUAGAGACUCCAAAACAAAUGUAGGAAAGGGGUUUGGCUAUGUGCAAUUUAAGGAUACUAAUGCAGUGUCAAAAGCUUUACUAUUGGAUGGAAAAAAGGUUCAGGGCGCCAAAGGCAGAAAUCUAAGAAUUUCUAGGGCCAAAAAUAUUAGACCAUCUACAAGACCUGCAGCAAGAGCUGAGCGACCAUCAGCAAAGCGACCCAAAUUAACGAAUGCUGAUCGUACAAAGGUUGGAAGAGCUAUGUCAGUACUCGGUAAAGCAGGAAGGGCGCAUGUCACUGACGUUGUCGAAGGGACUCGUGCCAAACCCGGUGAUGCCGUUCCGGGUUUGAAGUUAGGUUCUGGAGGCAAACGCAAGAACAAGCCUAGGAUCCGUGCCAGAAGUACCAAUUUCAAGAAGGGCUUACACAAGGCCGGUAAACCCAAUGGCAAUGACAAUAAUAAAUAG